AUGCUGGGGCUGACCGCCGUCAUUGCCAUAGCCGCUUGUGGCGCGGCCAUCUUUAUUGCUGUCUCGGUGGUGAGCAUUAUUGUCUGGGUCAGGUAUCGCAAGGAACGCCAUGCAAUAAGGCUGCUGGGCUUCACACAGCGACAGGGAUGGCGCAAUCGGGGGUUGCAAUCAUUCCCAGAGGACACUUUGACUGAACUGAGCCGGACAGAAGGGAGCAUGCUGAGAGCGCAUGGACACCUACCGUAUGGUAAACCAACAGAAUGGGGACAAUUAACAUCGAGAGAAAGUCUGCAUCAUCGGAAAAACGAGCCAGAAUCAUCUCCGUUCACCGAGAAAGCCCGAUCUCUUCGCAAUUCCCUUUCUCGAUCUCGCUCCAAGCACUUAUCACGAUCAUCCCACAAACGUAUGAGCUCGUUAGCUACGUUGGGUGAAUUGAGUGAAUCAACCCAUCUUCCUAGUCCGCCACCCAAGGCAUCAAUAUCGAUAUCGAAAGCAGACGUCCCGCUUUCGGCUGUCGAGGGGAUUUUGGAAUUACCAGCAGAAAACACACCAAGACAAACACCGGAUUUGAAAGAAGACGAUGCUGGGUUCCAUCUAGGUAUGAAGCCCGUCUCACCUGCAUGGCCCCUUCCAGUGUCAGAGCGAUCAAGUCACCUUCCCGUUUCGGAUGACCGUAACUCAUCUGGCCCGUUUGAUUCAACCAUGACCUUGGAGGAGUCCCCGACUCGUCUUCGCGGGGGAAGCAUUGCUAGUCAAACUGCUGGGGUGAUGCCUGGUCACUCGCUACCUCCUCCUCCACCAACUGCAUAUCUCCCAGACCGAUUUGACUACGCUAGGAAUGACUCUGUGAUGAGGCUUUCCUCUAUGAGUCUGGAUACUACCAAUAGCUCAAUUUUGGAUGAUGGUAGAAAUGAUAGUUCGGUCGAUACUGAUUUGACCUCACCUGUCUUCCCCGAAGGAACGUUUGUACCUUACAGUGCCGCCGACGUUGGAGUCAAGGAUGGUCGCAGGAGUUUCAUUGCAACCAAUACCUCGAUUCCGCCUAUGCAUAACUUCCCUGUCCGUUCCUCCUCGACCACUGAAAAUCGGCACAAAUCUGUACCCUUGUCACUUCGAAGAAGUUUGACGACUCACCACUCCGGUGCCUCUAGCGAUCGCUUUACUGCUCCACCUCGAUCUGACUCCAUGGCUUCUUCUAAUCCCCCUUCAAGACAUGUCUCCCAAUCUGGAAGUCCAGUGGGAUAUUUGGGAUAUCAAAAUUUCGCUCCAUCCAACUGGCGAUCACCGGGCUUUGUGCCACAUGUCAAUCAAUUCCAAAACCGUACGGCCUACCAGAAUGACAAUAUGGAGAAUGACCCCUUCUACGUUGGCUCGCCUGAGGGUGGGACUUUGUUUCACCAGGUGAGAUCACCAGGUAAGGCAGCGAAAGCCGUCAACCCACGAAGCACAAUGCAUCGCGACAGUCUCUCUCUAAAUGGCACCCUUCCUUCUGCACUCAAGGGUGGAAAUUCAAAACGCAAGGGUCACCGACGUCAAAACUGUGUUCGUAUUUCCAUCCAUCCACCAAUGACGUUUGGGUCAUCGACGUUCUCUCCUACCGUCGAAGAGGAACCGGAAGAUUUCGACAAGAUGGAAGAGGUGGAUCUACGUGAAGUCUCAAUCAACAACCCGGCAAAAUCCUUGCCUUCGUUCCCACCAAGUACAACAUCUCCUCUGUCCUCCUCAAGGCGCAGCAAGUAUGGCAGUCGACAUGGUAAACCCGGCCUAGGUCUAGGCUCUCUCGGGCCACUCGUCGAAGAGCCACAACCCCCAAUGUAUGACGACAGCCCCUGCAAGAAAAGAAACCGUGCUCCAUCCGUCAUGCCUGCAAAUAAGCUUCCAUUCGAAAACAAGCGUGCUCUCCCUGAAUUGUUCACAUCUCUCCCUUUGUCCCAUGGCAGCUCUCUCACACCCACUCCCUCUCCCGAAAGGGUACCACCUGCAUGGAAACUCUCUGAAACUCCAUUUUCAACUCACGAGAACUCCCCUGGUAGCCCACGCCGCUCAGCGGUAAAAGGGCCCCGCAGCCAACCCGGAGUUUCUACAAUUCGAAGUCAGUCGACUCGCGUCCCGUCAAUCUCCGAUCAUGCACUAGAUAGUCCUUUGCCUUCGCCUAGCCGCCUUCCUCUUGUCAUGAGUAUCACAGGAACAGAGGGUAGCGACUGGCGGAGAUCCACAGAGUCGCUACAACGUACGAGAACAGAUGCUUCCAAUCGCUCAAUCCGCCGAGCUCGUGACUCAAUAACCAGCCUAGACAACGGGCUAGGUCCUAUUGGCGGUGCUUCUGCACUCUAUGGCAACCGCCGCUCCGCAAUGCUCCAAGACCGCAUCACUAUCUUCGAGGAUUCCAACCGAACCAUCUCCCCUUCUAAACCCCGUGUGCUUCCCCCAACUGGGUCAUUUCGCACGCCUGAAUCCUCUCCCACCCGUGGCAAGAACAGCCGUCCCCGGUCCAUGCCAAACAACCACCGAUUACCUCCCCAUAUGUCGAGCCACCAUGCACCCCCGACUCCUACUUCUCCCCGCCGAGGUAUGGCUACUCCAACGGGUAAGGUGCUAGGAGUUGGAGUUGGAACUGCCACACCUGCUAGUCUUUACGACUGCGAUGGGUUCCUACGGGAAUAG